ACCGGCUCGGGUGCAAAGUUUCAGCCGUCUGCAAAUCGGAGCUCGUCGGCAAACGAACCUGGGAUAUGCUGGAGAGGACCACGGCGAACUUAAACGGUUUGAUUAGAAUCUAGGACCGUUUUCGCCGGCGUUUGCCUUCAGAUGUUGCCGAGUGAUGCUGCCGUCGCCAGAUAUCAGUAGAAUACGAGGACGCCGUUAGCAUUGGUCGUAUUGUCUCAGGGAGCCAGCUAGCUUAAGUCGUUAGCUCGGAGUUGAAGCUAGCUCGCUGAUGUUCGGCUGAUUUCGACAGAAGAUAAGAAGAAACAGCAAUUUAACCCCGAAACUUGAAUCAACGAAGGACCGUGAGGACAGAAAAAAUGGCUUGUGAGCCCAAUCGCGUCCGGCUGCUAUGCAUGCUCUCAUUGACUUUUGGGUUUUUCAUUGUGGAAGUGGUGGUCAGUCGGAUCACCUCCUCUCUGUCGAUGCUGUCCGACUCCUUUCAUAUGCUGUCGGACGUCAUCGCGCUGGUGGUCGCUCUGGUCGCGGUGAGAUUCGCCGAGAAAACCCAGGCGACCAACAAGAACACCUUCGGCUGGAUCCGGGCGGAGGUGAUGGGGGCUCUGGUCAACGCCGUCUUCCUCACGGCGCUGUGCUUCACCAUAGUCCUGGAGGCGAUCGAGCGCUUCACCGAGCCCCACGAGAUCGACAGCCCGGAGGUGGUCGCCGGGGUCGGCGCCGCGGGGCUCCUGAUCAACCUGCUCGGUCUCUGCCUGUUCCACGGGCACGCCGGAGGAGGCCACGGGCACUCCCACGGGGGUCACUCGCACGGGAGUAAGAACAAGAGGAGUAAAGCCGGUAAAUCCCAGAAGGCUGGGAAUGGAUCCUCAGGAGAGGAGACUAACAAUUUGGUGGGGAAUCACAACAGCCCGGGUGAGACGAGGCCAAGAAAUGAAAUCAACUGUAAAGACAGCGCAGAGGUGCAGAUGAACGGAAACACCCACUUCGACGAGAUGGACCACGAGCACGACUCGUCGUCGCAGCUCAACAUGCGCGGGGUCUUCCUGCACGUGCUAGGCGACGCUCUGGGCUCGGUCAUCGUGGUGGUUAAUGCUCUGGUGCUCAUCUUCGUGUGGCAGCCCUGCAAAGCCGGCGAAAUGUGCGUGAACCCGUGCAUCAACACCCACACCACGGACCACAAGCACGUCAACCACACUCUCGUCGACCUGCUGGAAGGUCCGACGGUGACGGCCAUGAAGACCGCCGGCCCCUGCUGGGUUCUUUACCUGGACCCCACGCUCUGCCUCAUCAUGGUGUGCAUCCUGCUGUACACCACCUACCCGCUCCUGAAGGAGUCGGCCCUCAUCCUGCUGCAGACUGUGCCCAAGCAGAUCAACAUGCACCGGGUCAACGAGCGGCUGCUGAGCCUGGACGGCGUGCUCGCCAUCCACGAGCUGCACAUCUGGCAGCUGGCCGGGAGCCGCAUCAUCGCGACGGCGCACAUCAAGUGCCACGACCCCACGUCUUACAUGGAGGUGGCCAAACGUAUCAAGGACUUCUUCCACGAUGAGGGCAUCCACGCCACCACCAUCCAGCCCGAGUUCGUCACGUUCAACUCUGAGUCUCGGGACUCCCUGUGCGAGCUCUCCUGUCGGACUCAGUGCGCCCCCAAGCUGUGCUGCGGCUCUGCGGACAAACCCAACGCCGACAAGAAGGCCGGCAGUGACUCUAAGGCCGCCGCUUCCGCCCUGGAGGUGAUCAGCGAGACCUCGGAGCAGGCCGCGGCCGUUCAGGUCCGCCCUCGGGCCGACGCCGAGGUCACCGUCGCCAGAGAGGUGGAGUCGUCUCUGUGAGAUGGAGGGGACACAAAGAAACAGAGGAGAAGCAGGAAAACUACCACUUUGGGGCAAAAACAUCAUUGUCAUGUGCAGGAAGCUGUCGUUGCCCCGAUAGGAAAAUCCUUUCAUUCUCUGUUAUUACAUUACUAUAUGGCUGAAACCACCACCCCACUCCCACCUUGUUCAUGCAUUUGAGCCUUAGUUUCUUUCCAUCUCUUACUUCUCGCUCCACAUUCUACCCUCAGCCCCUCCCAGCCUCUCCUCGGCCCCUCUUGCUGUCUGUAGCCCCGGCGGUUUGGUUGCGAUGCAUGUUGGGGUUCACUGACCUCAUCUCCUCCAGGACUGGAGCGAGGCCUGCAUGAGUGUCCCUCAUUAGCACUGUGUCCUCUGGUGUUUCUGUGCCAAAGCUUCUCACUGGACUGAAGGGAUCAGAGAGACGCCCUCUCCUCCAAACGGACACAACACAACUCAUGCAAGUCUGAGCACACGUUAGGUUAUUUAGUUUGAGCCUAUGGACCUGCUGGCUAAAGAGUCUGCCUUUUUAGUUUCUUUUUUGUGUAGGCUUUGAGCAGAUCUAUUUUCUUACCCUCUGGCCCCAAGUGGAAUAGUAUUGUAUUGCAUAAUAAUUUAAGUAUUUAAGUUAUUAGAAAUGAUCUAUUUCUCUCUGUAGAUGCUGUUUGUAAUAUUUAGUUUGGAUGAUAGAGACAUUUUUGCAACUUUUCUGUCUUGGAAUUUUUUGACCGACCAUCUAUGCUGUAGUCAGUUUUUUCAGACGUGAUGUUUUUAUAAUUAUUUUGUUUUUUCAGACUUUUUCUCUGGCCUUGACUCAGUUUUAAUUGCAGUCAUCAGUUUGGAUGCAAAAGCCGUAUCAACACUCUCACUUUGCCUUUUAAAUGAGGAGAAAAACGAAACAAACUGUUGUGGUAUAGCACUAAGUAUCAUAGACACAGCGUAAAGGAACUUCUUGUGACGGCACCGUCAUCUAAUUCAAUGUUUAUUCAUAAAUUUGAUGCCUUGCAAGCCAGAGGGUUGUGUGUUGUGAAGCAAUGAGCACUGUAUGCCAUUAGUGAAACACUAUUGUCUGUGUGAAUCUGUACUGGAAAGCUUUCUGAUGGUGGCUGUUGGUUGAUUUAUUUUUUUUUUGUUUCGAAAUCGUCAUGAAUGUGUCCAGCACCUUGUCACAAUCCAUGCUGAGGGAGUUUUUCUAUUUCCAGGACGUUCUGCUAUGUUUGCAUGACCAAACUGAGACCUGGUGUUCGACUUUUACCGGCUCCGCUAAGAGCUUGAGUUGCUGCUUACCAGCGCCUGCUGGUAUCCUCCAAUAUUACUCAUAACUGUGUUGGGAAUGACUCAUCUUAUAGCUCGUCUGUCCUCUGCUUUCUUUGGACAGUUGAGCUGGCUGUUUGCUGAAUUAAAGUCCAUAUGGUGGCCUUUGAAAUUGUAUGACUUUUUCCCUCAUCAGCACAGAUAUCAUCCAGAGUUGUUCUAUUGAUACGUUUCAUAUUUCCACUCUCAAUUUAAUGUGUAUGCAAUAUAGAAAUAUGUGCUGGGAAAUGUAUUUUUCUUCAUUUGUAAUGUUUGGUCACUUUUAUUCUGUCUUUUAUGACUUGAGCUCUAUGUGCAAAUGGAAAACAAAAGUGUUUUGUUUUUUUUUUAAUUUUAGAUAUGACGCAUCAGCUGAUGUGUUUUUGAUAUAUAUACAUAUAAAUAUAUAUCUACAGUACCUGUCCAAUGUGUCAUUGUGAAAUAAAAACAAAAUAUGGCUGUUUGGUACAGUUGAAGAACCCAAA